AUGACCUCAAGAAGAGAAAAACGGAAUGUAGUAAAAAUUGUGAAAAGUCAAAAAGAGAAUGAAGAGAAAGAAGACGAAGCUCGGAGAAAUGCUGGGAUGCGAAUGAAGCUCGGAAUGAGAGGUCCCAGCUCGUAA